GGCGCCGGGGGCGCACAACAACGCCGCCGACGCGAGUUGAGCCCGACCGACGGCAGCGACCGCGGCCGGGACCCCUCGCGGCUGCCGGCACCACGCACGCUGACGACGACGCCCCCGACCAGCGCGUGGCAUCAGUGUGCGAGCAACGCACAGAGGAGACACGGACCGCAGCCGCCAGCGCACGUAGCAGCAGCGCCAGCGCCUCGUGCGGGGGCAUGCUGGAGGCGAGCAGCGCGUGUCCGCUCGGCGACUUGGGCAAAGUGGUGAAGCUCGAGGAGUGGGCCGCGGCGGCCGCGGCCCCGCCGGGCGCCUACCGCUACCCGCACCACCACCUGCACCCGCCGACGCCGCAGCCUGGACCAGCACCGGCUGGCCGACAGGUGGGCCGCUACGCCACCAGCGCGGGGGUGCCCGGGGAGCCGACACUCAAGGGCUCCCCGGGUCCCGUGGACUCCUCAUUGUUGGCCAGCUUCAGGGACAGGUACUUGGGUGCUUCGGCUCCCCCCUUCGGGGGCAUGGGUCCGUUCCUGGGACCACCGCCACCCCCGCACUUCCUGGGCUCCGCGGCCGAGUCCGCGGCCUCCAAGGGCACCUCCGAGGUGGCACGAAGACCCGCGGGCCGUGGAUCGGCAUCGGCCAGCCCUGCGAGCCCCGCUGGAGGAUCGUUGGCCCCUCCACACGUCACCAGGCCCGCACUGCCACCCACCGCAACUUCGGCUGCGGGGACAGACAAGAGAUCUUUUGCAGCCAAUGAACCUUCGUCCGGCGCUGGCAGCGCGGGUUCAAACAACGACGGCCCAGGGGGUCGAACUACUGCGAAGGCCUACGCGUCGACACCCGACAGUCACCCGCUGCGGCUGAUCAAGGACGAAACGUCGUACAAGGCCGCAUGGGGAUCACCAUCUCCAACUCAAGCACAAGGUUACCCACACAACGCCCUGCCAGCUAUGCCAAAGAAUGCUCUUGACGCUCAUACCCACAAUCAUCUGCGCAACAUGCAAGAUCCGUACCAGGUUUUUGGACCCACGAGUAGCAGGCUGGCCAGCUCAGGCAGCGGCCAGAUCCAACUGUGGCAGUUCCUGCUCGAGCUCCUGUCGGACAGCAGCAAUGCCAGCUGCAUUACCUGGGAAGGCACCAACGGCGAGUUCAAGCUCACCGACCCGGACGAAGUGGCGCGGCGCUGGGGCGAGCGCAAGAGCAAGCCCAACAUGAACUACGACAAGCUUAGCAGGGCGCUUCGCUACUACUACGACAAGAACAUCAUGACCAAGGUGCACGGCAAGCGAUACGCCUAUCGCUUCGACUUCCAGGGCCUGGCACAGGCCACGCAGCCGCCGUCGGCCGCCGCCGCAGCCGCCGCGGCCGCCGACCCGGCGGCCUACAAGUACCACCACCACCAGUCGUCGGCCAGCGAUCUGUUCGGCUACCACGCCAGCCCCAAGCUCAACUUUCCCUCCACCACGGGAUCGCUGUUCCCGUCGCCUAGCCCGUACUGGACGUCGCCAAACAACCUGUACGCCUCAUCGCACCACUCCAUGCCGCACCCGGGACACAUCGGCUCUUAUCCGCACUACGCGUGACUCCCGAUGUAAGCGGGCUUGCCGGACGCUGCGCGAUCGGACCCCGAAGCGCAGCCCACGCUCGUGUAUGUGUGUGUGCGCGCGCGCACCGGAACCUGGCGGCGCGUCGACCAUGUACGGGGGUACCUGACCCCUGUGUACCAUCAUGCGAGCCCGCGCAGGUCAUCCUAGUCGUGUAUAAGCUGCGCAGCAACCCGAUUGAGGCCGGUCCCGAGAAAUGUAGCGGCUCAGCUGCCGCAAAGUAAUUUCGACGGCUUAAUCUGAUUGCGGUUCUAGCCUGUGGCACAGUAAAAGCGACCGACAAGUGUGGUUCCGCUCGAUGUUCCUGGUGAGGUCACGAAUCUCCUAUAUUGUGACGCUGCAGAAUCCCAGAAGUAAGUAAAAUGAGAUCAUCGCUACGGUGAUCUUUCAUGCUGAAAGGACUAGGUUGCUAUUUUUCCGGGAGUCAUCGCUGUCGACGCUGCGGUCGUACGGAGGGGAACAUUGGGUAACCCUAGUGCUUGAGGAACGUUCUUGUCGUGCUUUCGGCGCCGCCAAGCGACGAAGAUGGCCUCGGAAAAAAGUUUGAGCAACCUCGGGGAGAGCGCAUCAUGCGCCCCCAUCUAGCCUCCCGUGUUUCCACAAAAUCGGGGCUUUCUCCUACUCGCAACUUCACCGCAGACUGCACGAAGUGCCGCCCUGCCGGCGGUCGAUGCAGCAGAAGUGGGCGCUCGGCUGCGCCUACACCAGCGGUAGCGCCACUUUUUCGUGUGUGUGUUGGACGAAUACGUACAUACCCAGGGUUUUGCUGAUAGCUGUCACAUUGCAACGCCGUGUAACUUCUUGUACUCAACGGCAAAAUAUAAGUUUUGUAAAUAUUAGAGUAUGUCGUCUAAUGACUCCCGCCAUCGAAGUCACCAGUACUUCGAUUUUGUCUCCAAAAGCGUAUCCGAAGUGAGACAAGAGAAAAAAAAAUGUAACGUACAGGGAUCGCGGUGGAAUGGCUAAGUCAUGCCCUGAUGUUGGGCAGGUGGAUCUAGAUGUGGUAUAAUUGCGGAAUCAAAAGUGAUAGCCACAAAGUGAUCCAUUUAAAGUAUGUAGUCGUACAGUGUUUCGGGUUGACCACUCCAGCUUUAUGAAGAAAGAAAAAAAAAACAAUUUCGUCCAGUGGUAUAGUACUUUUCUAUUCUUCUACACGUUUUGUUUUCGUGGUUUCUCGGUUAAGUUUAAGCGUUGAAACAUGCGUUCCCAUCAAACAGCAUUGUUUGGAACAACAAAGCAAAACAAAAAACCCAAGUUUUUAGUAUAUGCAUCUGUAGCACGUAGAAUAAACAAGUAAAGAAAGAAAUCUUCAUGGUUAUUUCAUCAGUUCGCUGAAAAAGAACAAACUUGCUUUCUGUAUUUCUCAGGUCUAGCGACACCCCCCCCCCCCCCCCCCAGCUUCUAUAAACACUUGCUAUUAGCUUUUUUUUUUCUAUCUAAGUAGCACUAUUGAGCUAUAAUGAAGAGGGGAACCAUUUCUACACUUCAACUAAAAUAUCUGCAAAUCUAGUGACUCGGCGCAGUACUGAUAAUGUCAUAAUCUGGGGACAUCUAAUGUGGUCAGCACUUGUAUGUCACCAUGCCAAAGAGAGCUCGCCUUUUAGCGCACGUGCACAUUCAGAAAAAGGACAACAUGGUCUCGCAGAGUUUAUUUACUCGUUUGCUUUGUAUCUAGUACCUCCUGUGAUCUUUUUAGCAGCGCAAUUUUCUGUGACAUUUUGCAACUGUCAUAUGAGAAAGAUCACUGUGAUUUAUGAACUGUGUUCACAUGAAAACUGCUGCAAAAUGAACUUUGCCUGUUUUGCUUUGAUAAAGACUCAAAAGUUUCCACAUAUAAGCUUUCGUUUUUCUUUAACUACUGUAUAAGCUCAAAGUGAGUCAAAUGACUUAAUGACCCAUGCUAGUCACUCUCUACGUAAAGUUGCAACAUUUACUUUCACAGUGAAGGGGUUUGGCGUUUUACAGAAAGUCAGUUUCUUGUCUGUUAUUUCAUUGUCGCUUCUCAAUGUUUUUAUGAAAUGGGCCCUAAGUUAGGUUUGUAGUGUUCAUUGCAGCAUGAUUCAGUUUUCAUUGAGCGAAUUUUGUCAUACUGUAUUGAAAUGUCGAAUAUACCAUUUUGAUUGUCUAGUCACGCUUCUUGUGCUUGACUUUUAAUUGAUGCCUUUCUUCGAAGAUCUCCAUCGAAUGUUGGCGAAUGUCUACUAAAGUAGAGCCAAAGACGAAUUUGCACUGUAUGUUUACACUUUCCUUGUAUUUUUUUUUCUUCUUGUGCCUAAAUUUGGCUGUGCUUGAAGGUGAAGCAUUGCGAAAUAUAACAUCGCUUGGUUUUAUAUAAACAAUUAUUAACUACUGCAUUGUAAAUACAUAUCGACGGUUUUCCCUGCAAUACCAAAACGCAACAAAGCUGCGAGGCGCUUCUGCAACAAGGCUAGUCAGUUUCUUUUUCUACAUUUUUUUAAAUACAUAAGAGACGUUGACGCACCUAAUUUCUUAACAACACUAAAUCUGAAGUUCUACAGAACUAUGAGCAGAUAACCAACUAAAUGUUAUUCGUCAUGUGCUGCUUCAAAUUUCUGAAAAGAUUAUUUGCAGCCAAGCAACAGCAUCAUCAUUGCAGAAUUUUGGUUAGAGCAUCAUACUACCACCUCGCUUCCAUUGGUCAGUUCAGUGUAGGAAUCUAAUAUUUUGUCAACUGGCUCUUACUUUACUUCCAAGCACAGUGUUCAAAUCUAAGUAGUUACCAUGGAGAGCUCUUCAAAGUUUGCCGUGCGACGCUUAGCGACAAAAAAAAUGAUAUUGUCAUGAAUACUUCUUUCUGAAGAGAAAGCCCUUGUUUUGAACAAACAUUGUGCAUGAUUUAGAUUUAAUAAGUAUCUUCGUAUAGCCUAUUGGCCUGUCUCCGUUUCAGUACCCAUAAAUACUGUGUGCGCUGUCAAUAGCCGAGAAGUCGAAGCAGUUGCUUUAACAUUUAUAACGGCAUACAUUUGAUACGCCAUCUGUUCAUAGACAGAUCACGUGAUACUUGAGUGACUAAAUAAACACACUUCGCGCGCGUAAAGUGAAACAUGACUUUCAUUUAUUCUGCGCUUUUACGAACGCGACGUCUACUGCGCUCUAAAAGCACCUGGUGGCUUUUGAACCAUACUAAUACGCUAUAAAAGUAACCUAGGUGCAACGCUUACUCGCUUUCGGGUAAAGCAAAGACCAGAUUUAGGCUUUAUGUUGGCAGGGCACGUGGCUAGUCUUUCUGCAUAUCUUAAUAUUGUAAAGGAAAAAAAAGAAAAGGAUUACAUGAGCAUCGUCGAAUAGCGCCCAGCUUUACGGAUCUCUAGAGGCUCAAGCACUGUGAUUUCGAAUGAGUGUAGUCUUGAUAUUAAAUGUGAAAUGAUAGCCCCCAAAUUUCGAGCAAGAUAUUACCAAUUUAAGCUGGACCUUGUAUUUGUAUGCUGAUUUAUUUAUUCGAUUGUGUGUAUUAUAGUAAUGCUGUACAUUUUGUCACGAGCUGUGAAAUCUUUUUGUUAACUUACUUUUGACUCACAAUAAAAACAGUCAACCACGUUUUCUGUAAAAAA